CACUUCAGUCGGCGGCAGUCGUCCUGCGAUCGUCAUGGAUCGCAGUUGAGUUGUUGCGUUUUUUUGAAUGGCGUGCAUAAUAUUUGAAAAGUUAAGUUAAAAGAAAAUUUAACUAUACUUUUAUUUUUAUUUAUGGUACGCCUUGUACAGUAUAUUUUAGAACAGUCUAAAAUUAAAUCGCGUGAACAUGGCUGUGAACGUGUGUUGUUGUGUGAAACUGUCCCCUAACAAAAAAUCGAUUUUUGGAUCGAGUAUAAAGAACCAAAUAUUGUAUUUGGUGAUAGUUGCGAGUUUAUUCGCUGUUGUGUCAUCCGCGGACACUGAGACAUCCUGUGCUAAAGUGAAAACUUUCUUCGAAAAGAAAGGAGUGUUGUUGGAUGUUGAUAUACAAGAGCAGGCAAACUCAGACGCGGGUGGACUGUGCCUCAACAAAGGAUGUUGCGGGCCCAAAGCGAACGUGGCGCUAACGCAGCGCGCACAUCAACAGCUAACCGACUCGUUGCGAAGCGAACUGGCUAAACUUGCAGACAUACUCACUGUCAGAGCGAGAAAGUUCGAUGAAUUCUUUCGAAAGCUUUUGAAAGUGUCACGGGAGGAGUUCCACAAUAUGUUCAAGCGCACAUACGGCAUGAUCUAUGAACAACAUUCAUACGUAUUUGAACAACUCUUCGAGCAGCUACAAAACUACUACACACGCGGGGACACGAACUUCGACAAGAUGAUGGACGACUUCUUCGGCAUACUCUACGAGAAGAUGUUCACAGUCCUCAACUCUCAGUACAGCUUCGAUCAGAAGUAUUUGCGUUGCGUGAACGAGCAUAUGCGCGACAUCCAGCCGUUCGAGGACGUACCUCACAAGCUGUCAGUGCAGCUGCGACGCGCUUUUGUCGCCACGCGCACCUUCCACAAGGCGCUGCGGGCCGGCGCGGAUGUCGUACGCAAUAUGAUGCAGGUGGAGUUGAGCAGCGAGUGCGGCGCGGCGUGGGCGCGGCUGCGGUACUGCGGCGCGUGCGGCGGCGUCUCCGCGCCCGCCUGCUCCCGCUACUGCCACAACGUGCUUCGCGGCUGUCUGCACGCGCACGCAGACCUCGCCGACCUAUGGGACGCAUACGUCGAUUCCGUAGAGAAGGUAGCCGAUCGUCUACAAGGGCCCUUCAACAUAGCGAUGGUGGUAGAGCCUAUAGACAUAAAGAUAUCAGAGGCGAUCAUGAGCUUCCAGGAGCACAACCAGGAGAUAUCGCAGAAGAUAUUCGCGGGUUGCGGGAAGCCCAACCUGGGCGGCGACGGCGGCGCGGGACCGUUUUUCGCGCCGGACAGGACUCGUCGCUUCGCCCGCUCCAUUCCAGACUUUGACUGGAAUCAGAAGGCCAACGAUGUGGACGACUUCGAAAUAGAAGCGUCCUUCGAGAGCUUAGUAAACAACGACCCUUCGUUAGUGAGUCUUCAGAGUCCUGAGGGCAUCAAGAAGGCGACGGAGGAGAUGGACGAGCAGGCCAAGUCUAGGGAACGCUUCCUGCAGUACAUGAGAGGGCACAUAGAUCUGGAGGAGUACGAGGAGCACGAGCGGCGGCGGCGCGAGGCCGGACCCGACGCCGCGGGCGGAGAUAUCUACAUGAAGCCCUUCGACUUCGAAGGCAAGCGCGGCUCCAAGAAGAAGAAGCCCAUCGCCACCAAAGCUGAUGACGUGCAUGGUGCGGAGUGGGGCAGCCCGGUUCUGGAAAGAUUGAUGCGUGAGACGCGGGCACGUGUACGCGGCUCGCGGCGCUACUGGGCGCAGCUGCCCGCCGCGCUCUGCGCCCCGCUCAGCGUCACCACCGCGCCUUGCUACAAUGGAUCCGCACUCGCCAGCUAUACGAGUAGCACUGCGGGCGACGGCUCGGCGGCGCUGGCGUCCAACCCGGAGGUGCGCAGCGCGGGCAGUGCGGGCCCGGCGGCGCGCGCGCAGGCCGACGCGCUGCGGGCGCUCACCGCGCGCCUCAAGGACGCAUACAACGGUGUCGAGGUGCAGUGGAAGGAUGAAGACAAGCUGCAGGAUACGGCGGCGGCCGCGUCGGGACUGGACCUAGUGUCGGUGGCGGGCUCCGGCUCCGGCUCCGGAGACGACGGCGACGAAGACGACCUGCCCGACGACGACGAGGACCGCGACGCCAACUUCGACUUCCCCGAAGGAUCAGGAGAGAGGCAGCCCACGGAUGAUAUAACACCAGAGCCGGUGACGGAGCCGCGGCCGGCGGCUGUGACGGAGGCGCCGGUUGCGGCCGCGCCCGGCCCCGCGCCCGCGCAGCCCCCGCCCGGCGGCAGCGGGCGCGCGCGGCAGCCCGACACCAGCAGUGCGCGCGCGCCGCCCGCAGCCACCAGCGAGGCGCCGCGCGACACGGCGGGCGGCGCGGGAGGCGCGGGCGGGGCGGGCGGCGCGGGCGCUGUGGAGGAGGACGGCGAGGCGGCGGCGGGCGCCGCGGCGCGCCCCUCGCUCAGCAAGGCGCUGUUCACGUACGCGCUGCCGGUGGUCUGCGCCUGGUUCGGCACCAUCGUCACUGACCUCUUCUAGACCCCUUCUCUCUGGCAACGUCCGCCGAACGGGUCUCUUAUUUGUUGUGAAAAGGUUCAUUUCAGUAAUUUAUUUUGCAAUAAGUUAUUUUACAUUAGCGAAUAUUUAUUAAAACCGAUAAUGUAAGUUUAAAUUGAAUAAUUUAUUUAAUUUAAAUUAGCAAUGUCAAAAUCAUGACAACAAUAUAUGAAUGUAAGAUUUAAUAAAAUUCUUCAAUUUCUAAUUAAGUUAAGCGAAACAUUUCACAUACACCUAAGAACCUGAAAAUAAAAAUUGUAGUUAUUCAAUUCGCCAUGUUUAAAAAACUGGCAACACUGAAUCCAAUGACGUUGCCAAAUUGAAACUCGGUUCGUGUGAAAGGGACAGCCUAGUCAGAUGCGGCGGAGGGAGUGAGCGGGAUAGCGCGCUGCUGUGAUAUGAGACAAGUUGCGGAAUGUUGGUAGGGGUGAAGUACGUUGCAAAAAAUCUAUAGAAAAACAUCGAUAUUUCAUAUAUCUAAUGCAAAUAAUUUGAGUAAAUAUUUAAAAAAAUGUAUACGCAAAAACAACAAUGUUUUGUUACUUUGUACAAUUAUUUGUCCUACGAUACUCAUCGUAAACAUUAUAAAAGAAAAAUCGCGCAAUAAUAUAUUUAAUCGCUAUCAGUUUUCCUUCUCGGGAAAAAUGAAUUUGUAAUGUACACAAUUUUAUUCUAGUUAAAUCUAUUUUAUGUUCUGUGUCAUCUAACUGGAGAACUUACCUAAAGUGUCUGACAAUAAAAACGGUAUAUUAUUCUACUUUAUAACAUUGUGUUAUGUCGCCGAGUUGAAAAGUUUGAAAGGAAGUAUCCAGUCAAAUCGUGUAUUUAUUAAAUGAUCUUUGUAAAUAACUUGUAAAUUAUAAUUAAAUUAGAUAGCGAAUGUAUGUUUUUUUAACGUUUUUUUAUAAGUACACAGUAUGUUCGGAGAAUCUAUGAACGUGUGACUUCGAAGUCAUUUCUCUCAAACGUUGAGUUUCAGAACGAUCUCUCGACUGUCAGUUUUAGUUUUUUUUGUAAAUAGAUUUUUGGCGCGAAGUCACAUUUAGUUGUAAUGUCAAAUAAACUGUAAAUAAAAAUUAAAUUUUACCCUAAUCUUAAUUUAAGAGACUGAUUUGCUUUUCAAUUGUUCUUUUCUCAAUUAAUGCAGCUAAAAUUAGUACAGUUUUUAUUUAAAUUUCAUAUAGAAAU